CGUCUGCACGUACGAAAAGACGCAGGAGAGACAGACAGAGACCAGGUCUUGAACUAGAAGCUGCAACCUCCCUCCAUGGAAGCAAAGCAAAGCUUCCCCCACGGCACGCUUGCUGCUGCCACUCACGGCUGGGCACACGCUCUCGACUUCACUGCCCACCGUCCAAAUAACUAAUAGCUAAAACAACGCUAGCUAGCUGAAUUGAUGAACGCCGGUGUAUAAAUACUACUCUCUGUAUCCGCCGAGCUAGCCACCAAGAGCAAAGGAGGAGGAGGAGGGAGCGGCUGGCGGCGCCAGACCACCGAUGGCGCUGCGCGACGUGCUGCUGUCGGUGGCGCAGACGCCACACCGGCUGCGGCGGAGGGCGCUGGUGACGUGGACGCCGGCGCAGGAGCUCAACGAGGUGCGCGACCGGUCGGGCGCGCGCAUGGCGCGGCGCCUCGAGUGGUACGACCUCGUGGGGCUCGGCGUGGGCGGGAUGCUCGGGGCCGGCGUCUUCGUCACCACCGGCAGGGUGGCGCGCGACACAGCCGGCCCCGCCGUGUUCGCCUCCUACGUCGUCGCCGGCGUCUCCGCGCUGCUGUCCUCCUUCUGCUACGCCGAGUUCGCCGUGCGCGUCCCCGUUGCCGGCGGCGCCUUCAGCUACCUCAGGGUCACCUUCGGUGAGUUCGUGGGGUUCUUCGGGGGCGCCAACAUCCUGAUGGAGUACGUGCUGUCGAACGCGGCGGUGGCGAGGAGCUUCACGGACUACCUGGCGUCGACGUGCGGCGUCACGGAGCCCAACGCGUGGAGGGUGGAGGUGGAGGCCAUCGCCAAGGGCUACAACGCGCUCGACUUCCCCGCCGUCGCGCUCAUCCUCCUCCUCACCGCAUGCCUCUGCUACAGCACCAAGGAGAGCUCGACGCUCAACAUGGUGCUCACGGCGUUCCACCUGCUCUUCUUCGCCUUCAUCAUCGUGGCCGGCUUCUGGAACGGCAGCGCGCGCAACAUGGUGACGCCCGGCGGGCUGGCGCCCUACGGCGUCCGGGGAGUCCUCGACGGCGCGGCCGUCGUCUACUUCAGCUACAUCGGCUACGACUCGGCGUCCACCAUGGCCGAGGAGAUCCGGGACCCCGCCCGCGCGCUGCCCGUCGGCAUCGCCGGCUCCGUGCUCAUCGUCUCCGCGCUCUACUGCCUCAUGUCCGUCGCGCUCUGCGUCAUGCUGCCCUACACCGAGAUCACCGAGAGCGCGCCCUUCUCUUCGGCGUUCAGGGACAAGGCCGGGUGGAGGUGGGCGAGCAACGUCGUCGGGGCCGGCGCCAGCAUCGGCAUCGUGGCGUCGCUGCUGGUGGCCAUGCUGGGGCAGGCGAGGUACCUGUGCGUCAUCGCCAGAGCGAGGCUGGUGCCGGCAUGGCUGGCCAAGGUCCACCCUUCCACCGGUACCCCUAUGAACGCCACCAUCUUUCUAGGGCUCUGCACGGCAUCAAUCGCGCUCUUCACUGAGCUGCAGAUAGUGUUCGAGAUGAUAUCGAUCGGAACCCUGCUGGCCUUCUACCUGGUGGCCAACGCGCUCAUCUACCACCGGUACGCCAAGGUCGGCGCGACCCGGCCGCUCCACGUCCUCCUCUUCCUGCUGCUCCUGACACUGAGCUCAGUCGGCUUCUCCCUCUCAAGGAGGAUCGACGGGAAGUGGCGGUGGGGGAUGGCAUUGUUCGGCGCGAUGUCAGUGGCGGUCGUCGCAAUCUUCCACUGCACGGCACAACAGGGCGCAGCCGGGCCGCCAUCGGAGUGGACGGUUCCUCUGAUGCCGUGGCCGGCCGCCGCGUCUGUCUUUCUGAAUGUGUUCCUCAUGACAACCCUGAAGAUGAGGUCCUUUCAGAGGUUCGGCAUCUGGAGCCUUGUGAUCACCAUCUUCUACGUGUGCUACGGGGUGCACUCCACAUACACUGCGGAGGAAAAUGAGAUCGUCAAUGCAAUGAUUCAUGACGCCAAUGCAGACAUAUUAUCUUAGCGGUGUCAUCGUAAUAAUAAUAAUACAACAUGGACAUACGCUUACCUGUCUCC